AUGUUCAACCGCCAGGCGAGCGGAGGAGCAGCUCCCGCCCAAACCACAGCCACUGCAUCUUCCGGAGGAGGAGGAUUCGGAUUAGGAGGAGGAGCAGCUGCAUCACCCGAUCUCUACCUGCGCCCGCUGCCCUUCCUCGACGCCAAGUGGCUGCGCGCCGAUCUCAUCGCCUCCCUGCGCAAUUCCGCCAAUGGCGCCGUGCUCUGGAAUCACCUCAUCCAGGACUGCGAACUGGUCUCCUCGCCCACGCCGCCCCUGCUGAAUGCGCGGGGCCAACUAUCCUACCUGGGCGACGACGGGAAGCACUACUGCGGCGCCCAGCAGCUCAAGUGCUCCUGCUGCCAGCCGGACUACUGUGGCCCGCUCUCCGCCUGCAAUUGCGAUGGCUGUCGUCCCCUGGACUCGGAUACGGCCAUCAAGAAGCUAACCAGCCAGGCGGCAGCCCAGCAGGCCACCGAUGCCGUGCUCAGUGGCUGGCUCUGGAGUCUGCCGCCCACGCAGCAGGCCAGGCUGGAGUGCCAGCGCUCCAUGAUCGCCGAGCUGCAGGAGCUGGCGCUGCGGGCGGCUGGGAACUGCCUGUCCGCCCAGCAUCUUCGCCAGCAGCUCUUUGUCUACGAGCGGUAUUUCGUGGCGCUGAAAAGGGAGAGGGAAAGGGAGCGCCAACCCAGCAACAGCACUCCAGCGGUGGCUAGCAGCAGCAGCACCACCACCAUUGUGGAGCCACAGCCGCCGGCGGAGCAGCCCUCGGAGCACGGAGCCCUUGGUUUGGCAAGGGUGGCCACGCGGGCGGCUUUAAACUUUAGCUUUGCCUUCCUGCGACGCGCCUGGCGUUCCGGCGAGGAUACGGAAAUGUGCAGCGAGCUGCUCAGCGAGGCGCUGGCUUCUUUGCAGGAGCUGCCCGAGGCCACGCUCUUCGAGGCGGCCGUGGUCUCCUCGCUCUGGCUGGAGGUGAUGGAGCGCUCCAUCAAGUUCCUGCGCCUGGUGGCGCUGGGCGAUCCCAUGGGUGGAAGAUGCACUGCUCCCCUGAACGAUAGGCACACCGCUUUGUGCCUUCUCCUCGAGCUCGGUGUGCAAAAGGGCACGCUGGCCGCCACUCUCGAGUGCGUCGUCCUGCUGCUGAUGCUCUGGGAGAAGGAUCGCGCGGGCAACGACAAUAGGGACAUGCCGCGCAAGACGGGCGCUCCGCUGCAGCGCAUCCUCCUGCGCUAUCAGAGGAUUGGAGCGAACGUCAAGGGAGCAGGCAUGGCGGGCGGAGAACCUGCGCCGGUGGCCAGUGCCACGGAGACCUUCCUGCGCUUUCUUUCGCUGCCCAAGAGCAGUGCGGCCAUUGUGGAUCUGCGUCGCGCCGCCGUCGUCAUCAUUUCGCAUUUGGACCGCCUGGUGCAGCCGCUGAUGCCGCGCUGCCUGCUGCGCAAUGGUGGUGGCCAGGCUACCGCCUCCUCCACAGCUUCGUCCUCAGCUCCACAGCAGCGCAUCUACGCACUGGGCUGGCCCUCGCUGUCCAAGGAUCAGCAGGGAUUCAGCGCCGAACCGACGCUCAGCUGGAGCGGAGAGGCUACGUCCGUGCCGCUGCUCAGCUGCCGCUUUCAGGUGAAGCAGGUGGCCUGCUGCGAGAGCCAGCUGCUCAUCCUCAGUCAGGAGGGCAAGCUGCACACCUGGCGACUGGCCAAGCCGGAGGCGGAGCCCCUGCCCCUCGAGGAGGUCGCCCACGAGGUCUUCAUCAGCAUCGCCGGCCACUGCGAGGGGCGACACUUCCUGGCCAUCGACAGCAACCACAACGCCUACUCCUGGGGCACUGGCGAGGAUCACCGUUUGGGCCACGGCGACACGCAUGCCCGGGCGGUGCCCACCAAGAUCGCUGCCCUGGAGCAGCACUGCGUGCAGUCCGUUUACUGUGGCUGCUCCUACAGUGCGGCCAUCACGUGCGGCGGCAACCUGCUCACCUGGGGCCGCGGCACCUACGCUCGUCUGGGCCACGGGAACAGCGACGAUCGCUGUUUGCCCACGCUGGUGGCGGCCCUGGCCGAGCACAUGGUGGUGGACGUGGCCCUGGGCAGUGGCGAUGCCCAUUCGCUGGCCCUCACCUCCAAGGGAUUGGUGUUCGCCUGGGGCGAUGGUGACUAUGGCAAGCUGGGCAAUGGCAAUUGCAAUGGAAGCCUGCAGCCAAUUCUCGUGGAAUCUCUGCCCCGCGUGCAGCGCAUCUUUGCGGGCUCCCAGUUCUCGGUGGCGCUGAGCAGCGAGGGUCAGCUAUUCACCUGGGGCAAGGCCACCUGCCUGGGCCACCAGCUGGUGGAGCGCAGUGUCCAGGGCUGCAGUGUUCCGCGUCUCGUCAGCAGUUUGCAGCACAAACGCAUUGUGGACGUGGCCGUGGGUGUGGCCCAUUGUCUGGCGCUCUCCAGCAGCGGCGAAGUCUUCGGCUGGGGACGCAACGAUAGCCAGCAGAUCUGUCCAGCCUCCGUGUCCAGCGAACCCCUGUUGCGUACGCCCAUUCUGGUUGCCCUGCCCACGCUCCCCGCCAGCGGAAUCGCCUGCACCAGCGCCCAAAGUCUAGUGUGGACCCAGAGCUCCCAGCAGGGUGUUCCACUGCGUGCCCCCUUUGUGAUUGACCUGGGCGAGCCCACCUUCCGCCUGCUGGACCAAUUGCUGAGCAUGUGCAGCAGCCAAGACAACAGGCAGACUCCCAACCAGGAGAGCGAAUGCAUCGCCGUCGCCUGCCUUAAUCUGAUCCGCCUGCAGCUGCUCGCGCUCAUCGCCAACGGAGUGGAGCCGCGCCAGGUGGGCCUCGCCAGCGGGAGUCGCCUCCUCGGCAGCCUCAAGACGCGUGUGCUCGGUUUGGCAGGCGGGAGCCAAGUGCUGCGCACAAUCCAAGUGGCCGCUCAACAGGCUCUGCAGGACGGUUGGAGUGUCCUACUGCCCACUGCAGCGGAGCGCGCCCAGACCCUCACCUCGCUGCUGCCCUCGGAGCCCGGACAGGCGUCCUCCGCGGGCCACCGCUUCAUGACGGACCUCCUGGUCAGCUCCCUGAUGGCCGAGGGCGGCUUGGAGUCGGCCCUGCAACACGCCAUCCGCCUGGAGAGCAGCUCCUGCUCGGCGGACUGCGGCGACGGUGUGCAUUUGCCCCUGCUGCAGUUGAUCACGCGACUGCUGGGCAACAAUGCGGCUCUCUCGCAGACGCGACUCUCGCCCACGUUGGGCAAGCAGCAGGAGAAGGAGGAGGAGGAGCAGCGCGACCAGCAGCAGCAUCACCAGGAGCCGAGCACCAGUCCCAGUCUCAGUCUGCUGCAUCGCUUUCAGCGCCUGCUGCUGGCCCACAUCCACCAGGCGGAGCCCGAGGAGGAGACCACCGGGGCGGAGGCUCUGCUGCUGCAAUACCUGCACGCCCUGAUCCCCGCCUGCGUCGGCACGCUGCAGAAGGCCCACGAAUUGGCGCUGCAGUGCCGCGAGCCGGGCGACCAUUCCCUCAGCCACCAGGUGGGCCACCUGGGCCGCGUCCUACAGGCGGACAUCUCGGAUGCCCUGCUGCACGAGCUGCUCGUGGGCCUGGUGCUGCUCAAGCGCGAUCGUCCCCAGUGUCUGGGCGGCCUGCGUUGGGCGCGCCUCUUCCUGCCCCUGCUGCGCGUGUUGGACCGACUCAAUCGGGCGCUCGGCGAGGGAGAGCUGCGCGACGGCGACGACAUGGGCUGGCCCGGCAUCAUCUGUCGCGGCGGGCCCAAGGGCGGUCCGCCGCCCGCCGAUCCCGAGACGCACUAUGUGCGCCGCGCGGACAUGGAGAAUCUUCUGCUCGACGGCAGUCGCUGCAUCAUCCUGGCCGGCUACGUGUGCGAUCUGAGUGGAUACAACUGCGAGUCGGAGACACUGCGUACCCUUUUGGACUCUGGAUUGGGCAAGGAUCUCACCGCCGAGAUGAGCGGCCAGGUGCACAGGAGCGCCAUGGAGCACAUCCUGCAGCACCACAAGCUGGGCAAGUACAUGGCUCAGGCGAGCAACGAGGAGAAGACAUCGUCUCCCGGACCCAGUCGCCUCACCCACUUCAGCUCGGAGUGCGUUUUGGCGCAGCUUCUCGGCCUGGUGGCCAACCUGAUGUGCAGCGGACCCGCUCUUCAGCCGGCGGAGCUUCAGUGCCGCCAGUUGGACAAGUCCAGCCUGCUAAGCGGUGGCUUACAGCUCCUCCAGCCGAGCAAUCCCUUCGACGAGGAGAAGGGCGAGGCGCGCAGCAGCCACAGCUGCCACAGCACGGCGGGCAACACGCCCACGGAGCAGCCGCCUCCGCUGCCCCUGCAGCAGCAAUUAAAUCCGGGGAGAGGGAAAUCCCAGUUGCAGCAGCGAGCGGAUGCGUUUAUCGCCAGCCUGGCGGAGGCACGAAUCACGGAGCCACCGGUGGCCGCUUGGCUUUCGCUUACGGAGCGCUACUGCAAGGCGCACAACUUGAUGUGGCACCAGGAGUUCGCCACCGAGCAUCCCGUCCAGGAGCUGGAGCGCCUGCUGAGCGCUGUGCUCAUUCGUCACCAGUAUCUCGGCGGCCUGGUGCUGAGUGCUCUGGAGACAACGGAAUCCCUGCCGCCGCGGCAGCUGGGCGAGAUCAUUCGGCUGGUGCAUCAGGCCAAAUGGUCGGUGGUUCGCACGCGGCAGCAGCUGAACCGCAGCUACAAGGAGGUCUGUGCCCCCAUCCUCGAGCGACUGCGCUUUCUUCUCUACGAGGUGCGACCGGCCAUCAGUCCGCAACAGCGUGGUUUGCGUCGCCUGCCCAUUUUGCAGCGUCCGCCGCGCUUUCGCCUGCUGGUGCGUCGUCUCCUGCAGGAAUUGCGCUCCUCGCGGCAGCCUGCGAAGCCGGAGGAUCUAGUGAAUGCCUCGAUUCAACAGGAGCAGGAGAAGAAGCCGCUGGCCAAGCAGCUGGAGCUGGAGGAGGAGGAGACGCUGCUGCGGCGGCUCAACGAGCGGCAGUUGCAUGGCGAGGGGGAGCUAGAUGCGGUGCUCAUGCAGGACAUUGUGGACUUUGCCCUGCAGGACAGCUGCGAUGUGGAGACGGCGAGACGAGCAAUGUACUGCCAAAUGCAGCGAUACCAGUUGCGUUUGGCCGGGCUUCAGCUUGUCCAGCAGCUGCUCGAGUUGCAUGGCCUUUUGGAUGCGGCGCAGUACAGUCUGCUCAAUGGUUUCCUGGGGCUCCACUUGAAAUCUGGAGGAUCAGUUAACUCCGGCAGCUCUCUCCACGUUCUUGGCCAGCUAAACAUGAUAAGUGCCUACCAGAAGGCCCGGCUUUUGCUCGCCCAGGCACGCGUCCUCGACUGGGCAGUGCGGGAGCUGCGCCGGCUGGUCAACCAGGAGCAGCAGGGACAUGCCCGCGGCAAGGAUAGCACCAAUCUGGGCACCUAUGUGCUCCUCAAGCGACUGCCACGUGCCCGCUUCCUUCUCAGCGUCUUUGGACUGCUCGCCAAGGAACUGGGACCCAACGAACUGGGCCUGCUCAUCAACUCCGGACUGCUGGGCACUGUUUUGGGAUUGCUGGCGCAAACAGGCGGCGAGGGAGCGAGCGGCGGCCAAAUGCACGGCGAACUAAGCAUCCUGUACGAGGAUAGCGUGCUCAAGCAAAAGUCCAGCAAGGCGCAGCUCAGUGGUCCCGAUCUGGCCAAGCUGAUGAAGAUCGGCACGCGGAUUGUGCGCGGAGCGGACUGGAAGUGGGGCGACCAGGAUGGCAAUCCGCCCGGCGAGGGACGCAUCAUCAGCGAGGUGGGCGAAGAUGGCUGGGUCCGCGUGGAAUGGUACACGGGAGCCACCAACUCGUAUCGCAUGGGCAAGGAGGGUCAGUACGAUCUCCAGCUGGCGGACAGUGCGCUCAAUGUGGCCUCGCCCACGGAACCGGAACGGGAGGACGUGGCCGGCAGUGAAUCCUCGCCGAGCAGCGAUUCGCAUCCCUCGAAAUUGUUGCGCCACUGUGCCGCCAAACUGCUGCAGAUCUUGGCCGUGGGCACGGGACUACACGGUGCCCAGCUGGACAAGCAUGCGCUGCGCGGGAUGACCAGCAUGUUCCGAGCCAUCAUCUACCCCAAGCCAACCAUGUCUAAUAUCUCUCAUUCGCUGGGCUGGCUGAAUCUCGGCUUUAUUCGGGCUAUUUCGGGUGACUGCCCACGCCUUUGCCUGGAGCUCAGCACCCCCAACUGGCUGAGCCACUACCUUUCGCUGCUGGAGCAGCCGGCGGGCAGCGAGGCGGGUGUCUACCGGCAGCUCCACUGCCUGCGCCUGCUGCAGUUCAUCCUGGCCAUGUGGGGCGUCGAGGAGGAGCCGCGAAUGCCUGCCCUAGUGCAUCAACUAUUUGCCACCCUCGGGCGCAUUGCACUCCAUUGUCCCGGCGAUGCCAGUCUGCUGCCCACUUCGGAGGGCAAGGCCCGCGUCCUGCUGACCGCCUCGCAUUCGGGCAGCGUGGCGGAGGAACUGGUUGCCCUGCUGCGUCGCCUGCACACGCUGCCCACCUGGAAUCCGGUGAUUAACUCGUUUCUCGCCCAGAAACUCUGCGUGGCCGCCGAACUGCUGGCGGAGCAAUCGCCGCUGGACAGCGAACAGGUUUUCGUGCUCGGAGUCCUUGGUGCCAUGGGUGGCCAUGAUUUGCGGCCGCGUGUAGGACUCCAUUGCUUCCACGAGGGCAGCCACAUGGUGAUAGCCAGCUUCACGCCCAAGGGACGUUGUUUGCUGGCGCCAGGAGGCGUUGGUUCAUCGGGCUUGGGAUUCGUGAAGGUGCCGCUCCCCGCGCUAAUGCCCCAUUUGGAUCACAGCGUCUUCAGUUUGAGCCGCCUGCCGAUGAAUGAGAUGCUGCUGAACGCCUGGACGGUGUUGCUCUAUGGUCCAGCCCAGGAACUCCGGGAUCUGCCCAGUAGUCCCGAUGGUCGCUUGGAUUUAACCCUAUUGCGGGCGCAGCAACUGCAGCUGGCUGUGCUGCACACGAAUGGAGUACUAUAUCGCCACCAGGUGGCCCUGCGUCGAAUUCUCAAGCAAAGGGCUCCGGGGAUGAUUUAUGCAGCCGGCGAGGAGCAGCAGAAGUCGGAAUCCCAGGAGCAGGAACCGCAGGAACAACAGCUUUCGGCUGCCCAGGAAUCGCAGCUACUGAUACAGUGCAUCCUCUUGCGAGCCACUCAGGCAUCACCAGUAAAAGCCUGCUAUAGCUACAUGGAUUUGGCCACGGCUGCCCUGAAUUGCAUCCAAUCGCUGGCCACCCAGGCGCAUCAGGAGAUCAGCGAGGGAAGCUGCAAUCUACCCUCUAAUCCACAUCCCAUGGCUACACCACCGCAACCCACGAUGGUUCACGGCGUUCCCGUUUACAAUGUGGCCAAGAAGGAGCAGAAACCAUUGGAUCCCCCAGCGGAAACCAAAUCCAAGUGGCCGGCGGCAGCCACAGAUGCUCAGCUCAUCAACCAGAUAAUGGAAAUGGGCUUCACCCGUCGCACCGUGGAGUUUGCCCUCAAGCAGCUGUCGCUGCAGGCGGAGAUUAUGCCCACCCCAGAGCAAAUAGUCCAAUGGAUACUCGAGCAUCCGGAUGUGUGUGCGAAUACGAUUGAAGAGGAUGCUCCCUCGCAUGAUCCCGAAGCGGAUUCGGAUUGUGAUUGCCCCAGUUCCGAGUCCAGCAGCUCCUCCUCCGCCUCCUCGGACACCGUGGAGGGUGCACCAGUGGCCACCCCACCUGUGAAAUUCGAAUCUCGCAAGGAUUUCCAGACCGCCGAUCUCUAUGCCUUAUAUGUACGCGGUUUAGUGCGUCCUGGGAUGACGGUGCGCUGCUGCCGCGACUUCGAGGAGAUCAAGCAGGGCGACAUGGGCACCGUGCUCAUCGUGGACACCGAGGGUCUGCACGAUCUCAAUGUGCAGGUGGACUGGCGCAAUCACGGCAGCACCUAUUGGGUUUGCUUCGUGCACAUUGAACUGGUGGAGGCGGCACAGGCUGCCCAUCAGCCACGCCCACCGCCAAUUGCGGUGGGAGCGAGGGUCAAGCUACGCACCUCCUCGCUGCGCUACGGAAUGCUCUGCCAGAUGCGAAGGAAUCAGGGAGCGGCCACUGGAGUGGUGACCUCGGUGAGGAGCAAGCAGCUCACGGUGGAUUUUCCCGAACUGCUUAAUUGGCAGGGUCACAUCAACGAGGUGGAACUGGUUACCCCUUUGAUGGCCACGAAUCUCGCUCCUUUGGGAGCUGCAGAAUCACCCAGCGAUCUUAUCGAGGACUGGUCCCGCUGCAUCCGCUCGCUGACCGUCAGUUCCAACGAGGCGGCGGCCAAGCAUCUCCUAAACGGAAGCAAUCAGCCUUGGCAGAGCUGCUCCACGGGACCCUGUCGCCAUUGGAUACGCCUGGAGCUGCACGACCGCAUCCUGGUUCAUAGUCUCACCCUAAAAGUCAGUCCCGAGGAUCACUCGCACAUGCCGUCGCUGCUGGAGAUUCGCGUGGGUGAGUGUGUGGAUAGUUUGAAGGAAUACACCUGGAUCCCAGUGCCAGCGGGCGCCAGUAAAGUGCUCCUCAUGCAGCAGGUGCCCACCUACUAUCCCUGGGUGGAGGUGGUGGUCAAGCAGUGCCAGAACAACGGCAUCCAGUGCAAGAUUCAUGGCCUGAAGUUCGUGGGACGCCGCCAGCAGCCGGAUCUUCAGCAUAUCCUGGCCAACGCACAGUUUCUGGCCAGUGAAUAUAGUGGAGGAGCAGCUGGAACAGCGGGAUCCCUAAGCAAUCAUAAUUUAGAGCCCGCUGAACAGGAUCUGCCCUGCACCGUGAUGGUCUGGGGCCUCAACGACAAGGAGCAGCUGGGCGGGCUGAAGGGAUCCAAGGUCAAAGUGCCCACCUUCUCGCAGACCAUCAGUCGUUUGCGACCCAUCCACAUAGCUGGGGGAUCCAAAAGCCUCUUCAUCGUGAGCCAGGAUGGCAAGGUCUAUGCCUGCGGCGAGGGAACCAAUGGACGUCUGGGCCUGGGAGUCACCCACAAUGUUCCACUGCCUCACCAGCUGCCGGUGCUGCAUCAGUAUGUGGUUAAGAAGGUGGCUGUGCACUCGGGAGGCAAGCAUGCCCUCGCCUUGACCCUGGAUGGAAAGGUCUUCUCGUGGGGCGAGGGCGAGGAUGGCAAGCUGGGCCACGGCAAUCGGACGACGCUGGACAAGCCACGCCUCGUGGAAUCCCUGCGAGCCAAGAAAAUCCGCGAUGUGGCCUGCGGCUCCUCGCAUUCGGCGGCCAUCAGCAGCCAGGGAGAGCUCUACACCUGGGGAUUGGGUGAGUACGGUCGUCUGGGACAUGGAGACAAUGCCACCCAGUUGAAACCCAAGUUAGUGGCUGCCCUCGCGGGACGUCGCGUCAUCCAGGUGGCCUGCGGCAGUCGGGAUGCUCAGACUUUGGCCCUAACUGAAGAUGGAGCUGUGUACUCCUGGGGAGAUGGCGACUUUGGCAAGCUGGGACGCGGCGGCAGCGAGGGAUCGGACACUCCACACGAGAUAGAAAGGCUCUCGGGGAUCGGCGUGGUGCAGAUCGAGUGCGGAGCCCAGUUUAGCUUGGCUUUGACGCGAGCUGGAGAGGUUUGGACCUGGGGCAAGGGCGACUACUAUCGCUUGGGACACGGCGGAGAUCAGCAUGUGCGCAAGCCGCAACCCAUUGGAGGAUUAAGAGGCAGGAGAGUCAUCCACGUGGCCGUGGGAGCCCUCCAUUGCCUGGCUGUCACGGAUGCCGGACAGGUUUACGCCUGGGGCGACAACGAUCACGGACAGCAGGGCAGCGGAAAUACGUUUGUGAACAAGAAGCCCGCCUUGGUCAUCGGACUAGAUGCAGUUUUCGUGAACCGCGUGGCCUGCGGGAGCUCGCAUUCCAUCGCCUGGGGUCUGCCGAAUGCCUCGCUGGAUGAGGAGAAGCGCGGACCAGUGCCCUUUGGCAGCACAAGGGAUCCUCUCGGAGGAAGCAGCCUGGGAAUCUACGAGGCGGAAACUGUCCAGGCGGUAAAACAGGAGGGGAAGCCCCUGAAUCUCUGCAGCCUGAGUGAGAGCCUCGCCUUGGAGACGCCUGCUGCCAGGCAGGCUGCUUUGGGUCAUGUCCUGCGCGCCAUGAGCAUCCUGCAGGCGCGACAGCUCAUCGUGGCUGCGUUGACCAGUCACAGCAAGGUGAACUACAAGGAAAGAGGAGGAGGGGGAGUCCCAGGAGCAGAGGAAGAUCAACUAGGCGGCGGAGCAGCCAUCGUAGGAGGAGCAGCUCUCCAGGAGGGAGGCGGUGAAGCGCCCGCUGAUGCCGCAGAUGCUGCCCUCCAAGAGCAAAGUCCCGAGGCGGCGAUAGAAGCACCAGGAUUACCCACCCUACCCGCCGGGCCACUGAGCGCCUUCCAGAGCUUGACGGGAUCCCUGUCCAUUUCAGGAUCCCUUUCGAGCAGCGCCUUGCCACAGCACAAGCACUCGAGGAUGUCGGCCAGCGCCAUGUCCGUGAUGGCGGCCACCAUGACGCAGCAGGAGGAGAUGCUCAGCCAUCACUGCCAUGGCCUGGAUGACUUUGGCGGGCUGCUGGGCGAGCCGGAGGCCAAGAGCCUGGUGGAGCUGCUUAAACUAGCAGUGUGUGGAAGAUGUGGACCUCCCAGCACCGCUCAGACGAUAGGCGAUACACUGAUCUCCCUGGGCGCUGGAGCACCGCCUGUAGCAGCCAUGCUGCUGGAAACCUGCAUCACGGAACUGGAGGAUCUCUGCACCUCGAGACAUUGCCUGGGCAAGCUACCCAAACCGGUGAUGCAGGAGAGCAGCCAUCCGUAUGUGGAUAAUGUGAAUGUCACGGGAGUGGUUCGCAUACCAGGAGCCGAGAUGCUGCGCCUGGAAUUCGACAGCCAGUGCAGCACGGAGAAGCGCAACGAUCCGUUGGUCAUCAUGGAUGGAACUGGAAGAGUGCUGGCCAUGCGAUCUGGACGGGAGUUUGCCCACUGGGCGCCGGAAAUUCGAGUGCCUGGCGACGAGCUGCGCUGGAAGUUCUCAUCGGACAGCUCGGUGAACGGAUGGGGCUGGCGCUUCUGGGUGCACGCCAUCAUGCCGGCGGCGACGCUGGGCGAGAGUGGCUCGGAUAGGGCAGUCUUAUCCCAACCCUCGAUGGCGCUGGUCAUGUCGCUUUUGGAUUCCCGCCUGGCUCCUCGCCAACCGAGUGUUUUACUCCGAUUAGCCUCCGCUUUGGCCGCCUGCUCGCAACUGGGAGCUUUGACCACGGCUCAGAGGAUCUGGUCGCUGCGCAAGCUGCAUGGUGUGCUGCUCCUGGAACAGGCACCUCGUCCGCAGGAUCCCGCGCUCUCCUCGCUCCUCCAACCGCUCAUCCCGGAGCUGCUGCGGCAGUACGAGUACGAGGAGCCGCAGGUGCGCGGCGGCAUUCACCUGAUGCACUCGGAUUACUUCAAAACCCUGGCCGCCUUGGCCUGCGACAUGCAGCUGGAUGUUGGGCUGCCCAACUCCUCCUCCGCUGGAGCCACCGGAGAUGUGCACAAGUGGGCCUGGUUCAAGAGGUACUGCAUUGCCGUGCGAGUGGCCCAAUCCCUCAUCCGGAGAACUGAUUUACCAAGAGCCUUUUGCCUGGAGGUGCGCAAGAAAUUCGCCGAAAUGCUGCCCAAUCAUAAUCCCCAUACGGGUGGCCAAUCCCCGGGAGCCUCCAUGCUCAACUCGGCCACCUCGCUGUCCUCCAGCACGGCGAGCAAUGUGUCGCCGCCACCGAGUGACCAGCAGGAGCUGCACUGCCAGUUGGAGUCCGCCAGCACCCUUCUCCACGAGGAUCACUCCCUGUUCCAGGCGCCGCACGACGCCCAGCUGCUGCAGUGGCUCAAUAGGAGGCCCGAUGAUUGGGCUCUCAGCUGGGGAGGAGCCAGCACCAUCUACGGAUGGGGCCACAACCAUCGCGGCCAGCUGGGCGGACUGGAGGGCAGUAGGAUUAAAACGCCCACGCCCUGCGAGGCGCUCAGCCUGCUGCGUCCUGUCCAGCUGGCUGGAGGAGAACAGUCCCUGUUUGCGGUGACACCAGAUGGAAAGCUCUUUGCCACGGGCUACGGAUCCGGCGGACGACUGGGCGUCGGGGGAAGCGACAGCUGGGCGAUACCCACUCUGCUAGGAUCCCUUCAGCAUGUUUUCGUCAAGAAGGUGGCCGUGAAUUCAGGCGGCAAGCAUUGUUUGGCCUUAACCACCGAGGGAGAGGUUUAUGCCUGGGGCGAAGGCGAAGAUGGCAAGCUCGGACAUGGCAACCGGAUGAGCUACGAUCGCCCGAAGCUAGUGGAGCAUCUCAAUGGCAUGAGCGUGGCGGAUAUUGCCUGUGGCAGUGCCCAUUCGGCGGCCAUCACCGCCAGCGGUCAUGUGCUCACCUGGGGCAAGGGACGCUACGGUCGCCUGGGACACGGUGACUCGGAGGAUCAACUGAGGCCCAAACUGGUGGAAGCCUUGCUAGGCUAUCGAGCCAUCGAUAUAGCCUGUGGUUCAGGCGACGCCCAGACGCUGUGCAUCACGGACGACGACAACGUUUGGAGCUGGGGCGACGGCGACUACGGGAAGCUGGGACGCGGCGGCAGCGAUGGCUGCAAGUUGCCCUACAAGAUUGAGAGUCUCGCUGGGCUAGGAGUAGUCAAAGUGGAGUGCGGCUCGCAGUUCUCGGUGGCCCUGACCAAAUCCGGAGCUGUGUACACCUGGGGCAAGGGCGACUUCCAUCGGCUGGGCCACGGAUCCGUUGACCAUGUGCGGCGGCCCAAGAAGGUGGCCGCGCUGCAGGGCAAGAAGAUCAUCUCGAUAGCCACCGGUUCGCUGCACUGCGUCGCCUGCAGUGAUUCCGGGGAGGUGUACACCUGGGGCGACAACGACGAGGGACAACUGGGCGAUGGCACCGUGACGGCCAUCCAAAGACCAAGACUAGUGGCCGCCCUGCAGGGCAAGCACAUUGUGAAGGUCACCUGCGGAUCGGCGCAUACGUUGGCCUUGUCCACUUCGCAGCUCAGCGAGCGACUGCGUCCGCUGCCCAAUCCUCCGCUGGAAUAUGAUUUGGUAAGGGAUCUGGCGCCGGAGGCCCUGCACGCCCGCCUCAUCCUGCUGCAUCACUUCUCCGAGUUGGUUUGCCCCUGCCUGGCCAUGCUGCCCAUUGCCGGGGAUUUGAGUUUGGGCGCUCUCAAGGAUGUGCUGGUCUACAACAUCAAGGAGGCGGCCUUCCGCAAGGUCAUCCAGACGACAAUGGUGCGGGACAAGCAGCAUGGACCGGUGAUCGAGCUGAAUCGCAUCCAGGUGAAGCGAUCGCGCAGCAGAUGCAAUGGAUUGGCCGGCGUGGAUGGGAUGAAGAGCGUCUUCGGGCAGAUGGUGCAGAAGCUGCCGCUGCUCACCCAGGAGGCACUUGCUCUACCGCAUCGCGUGUGGAAGGUCAAGUUUGUGGGCGAGAGCGUGGACGAUUGUGGCGGCGGGUACAGCGAAUCCAUCGCCGAGAUGUGCGAUGAGCUGCAGAACGGAAGUGUGCCGCUGCUGAUCAACACGCCCAAUGGACGCGGCGAGGCGGGCGCCAAUCGCGACUGCUUCCUGCUGGAUCCCACCUUGUCCUCGGUGCUCCAGAUGAACAUGUUCCGCUUCCUGGGCGUCCUCAUGGGCAUCGCCGUGCGCACCGGAUCGCCGCUGAGCAUCAACUUGGCGGAGCCCGUUUGGCGUCAGCUGACCGGCGAGAUCCUGCGGCCCACCGAUCUCACCGAGGUCGAUCGUGACUAUGUGGCCGGUUUGCUCUGCAUCCGCAACAUGGACGACGACCCCAAGCUGUUCAACACUUUGGAGCUGCCCUUCUCCACGUCCUCGGCCCGCGGCCACGAGGUGCCGCUGUCCACGCGCUACACGCACAUCUCGCCCAGAAAUCGAUCGGAGUACGUCCGGCUGGCCCUCGGCUUUCGGCUGCACGAGUUCGACGAGCAGGUGAAGGCCGUGCGGGAUGGUAUGUCCAAGGUGAUUCCAGUGCCUUUGCUAUCGCUCUUCUCCGCCGCCGAGCUGCAGGCGAUGGUCUGCGGCUCGCCGGACAUUCCGCUGGGCCUGCUCAAGUCGGUGGCCACCUACAAGGGCUUCGAUCCUAGCUCCGCCCUGGUCACCUGGUUCUGGGAGGUGAUGGAGGAGUUCACGAAUCAGGAGCGCUCCCUAUUCCUACGCUUCGUCUGGGGUCGCACCCGCUUGCCGCGCACCAUUGCCGACUUCCGAGGCCGCGACUUUGUGCUGCAAGUGCUCGAGAAGAAUCCGCCUGACCACUUCCUGCCCGAGAGCUACACCUGCUUCUUUCUGCUUAAGAUGCCCCGCUACUCGUGCAAGCUCGUGCUUCUGGAGAAGCUCAAGUAUGCCAUUCACUUCUGCAAGAGCAUUGACACCGACGAGUAUGCACGCGUGGCCAUGGGCGAACCCACCGAGGCGACCGGCAGCGAGGACAACAGCGACCUGGAGUCGGUGGCCAGCCACGAGGGCUGAACCGAGCCCACUGUCCAAGGAGCCCAUCCUGCCUGACCUGAACAACUGGAGGAACUGGAGUAAAUGGAACAACUGAGUAACCGAACAAACGAAGCAAGAAAACUGGCGAAUCUCCCAGCAGUUUAUGAUCCUCACCCACUAGAAUAACACGAAGAUUUCAAGUUAAACCCACUCACGCGACACGUACACAUAUAUACACGUAUAAACAUAUAUUUUAAAUUAGCACUUGAAUCUGAGCAGGACGACGAAUCGAGCGAAAAAGAGAGAGAGGGCAUGUGAGGCGGAGAAAGAGAGAGAGAUAGAAAGAUAGAGUUAGAAGUAGAUAGACGGCGAGCGAACGAAAGGAAUAACGAUCGGUCGAUCGCGUAAUGAAACCAAAAAGCAAAGCGUUAAAGUUAUUUCCAUAAUAUAUUAUAUAUACAUAUAAAUUUAAAUAUAAAUGUUAGUUGAAGUCCACUCAUAAUUAUACACAAGGCUUAAACGUUAGACGCAAUCCAAUCCAAUCCAUUCCCAUCCAUCCCGAGUCCAAAACCCUGCCCAAAAAAACAGUUAAUAAGCUAAUUGAUAUUGAUAACCCCCCAGAAACACAAAGGGGCUGAAUUCGUUUCUAAUGAUGAUCUAUUCAAAAGUUAGAUGCGCCCUCCAAGCGCCGCAAAGAAAGCUAUCUGAACUAAACUGAAGCUAAAUAAAAUACUAUGA